AUGGCUUCUAUUAAGCACUGGAACAGAUACAAAACCAGCAGAGGAGAGUGGAGACAUCCGAAAAGUUGUAAAGCUGACGGCAGUACUAUCCACAUAAAAGAACUUGUAGAAACACAGCCUAGGAAGGAUGACAAAGGAACCGCCUUCUUGCCUUACCCGAGCUUCCGAGAAUUUGCCAAAAACCACAA